CAUUUUUGAAAAAAAAAACUUUAUAAGAUAAAUGGUGAUAUUAAAAUGCGUGAAGAAUAAAUGGAGAUUUGUAUAUUUAAAUGGGCUCGAUUCUCGGGAAAUCCUAGAAAAUUUAGCAAAAACGCGUUCCGACGACGGGUGUAAGAACAAAUAGAGAGGGGGAAAAAGGGUCAUAGACGCUUCAAGAUUCUCUCGCCAUUUUCCAGGUUUUGGUUCCAGUUCUUGGAAUUUUCGCCUACGAAGAACAAGUUUACGAAAGUUGAUUUAGGUAAGAAUGAGCGAUCAUUUGGUGGUGUACGUGGAUCGGAUGGUGAGGCCGGUACCGGCGAAUCCGGUCCAGGCGGAGACGGAGAGGCCGGACGCCGCCGGGCCGUCGAGCUCGGCCUCGCCGGAGAAGAGGGUCGACGAAGGCGGAGAGGAGGAGCCUCUGAUUCAAUCGGCGGAGUGCCGCAUUUGUCAGGAGGAGGACUCUCUUAAGAAUCUGGAGAGCCCCUGUGGCUGCAGCGGAAGCCUCAAGUAUGCUCACAGGAAAUGUGUUCAGCAUUGGUGUAACGAGAAAGGCGACAUUAUUUGCGAGAUUUGCCAUCAGCCUUACCAGCCUGGUUAUACUGCCCCACCUCCUCGCCCUCAGCCCGAGGAAACCACCAUUGAUGUUAGCAGAGGCUGGACGAUAUCAGACACUCCCCUGGAUCUGCCCGAUCCUCGCCUCUUUGCCAUUGCAGACGCAGAACGUCAGAUUUUGGAAGCUGAUUAUGACGACUACGCUGCUUCAAAUGCAAGUGGAGCUGCUUUUUGCCGCUCAGCUGCUCUUAUUCUGAUGGCGCUUUUGCUGUUGCGCCAUGCAAUGACAGUCACAGAUGGUGGUGGUGGUGGUGACGAAGAAGACGAUGACAUAUCCACAUUCUUCUCUCUUUUCCUGCUAAGAGCUGCUGGGUUCCUGCUCCCAUGCUACAUCAUGGCUUGGGCCAUCAGUAUCCUGCAACGCCGCAGACAAAGACAGGAAGCGGCGGCAGUGGCAAGACAAGUGGCGUAUGUGUUGAGAAGAGGGCAGAGAAGGGGAGUUCAGUUCACGAUAGCAACGGGGCCGCCGUCAAUGGCGGAGAAUCCCCACCACGAGACCGUUUGAAUCUCCUGUCUCUGUCUUUUGUGGAAGUCCGGCUGAUGGGUCCAAAGCCCCGAGCUAGCCAGCCUCGGCGGUACGAGGAGAGAGGUGAGUCCUCCCCUCGCCCAUCUGUGCUUAAUGAAUUUGACAUUGCUCUCUCUGUAUAUGCUUUCUUUAUGUAAUGUUACUGUAUCUAUCUCCCCCUUCCCCCCCAAAAAAAAACGUGUUUUAAAAAAUUAAUGUGUUGAUUGGAGAAGAAUGUGCCUUUUUUUUCCAAGUAGAGGAAUGGAUUGAUUCAAGCUCUCA